UUCAGUUGUUUGCGGAUCAUUGUACGGAACAAAACUCGAACGCGGCGCAAAAUCCAAAACAGCAUUAAACAAUAAUUUCAACAUGUCGCGUAUGUUGGCAUUGGUGGUGGGACUCUUGUUCCUGCUGCUGGCCAGUCCGGAUGUGGAGGCCAAGCGUUGGUUUGGCGGCAGCAGCAAGAGCCGUUCAUCCAGCAGCUCCAGCUCCAGCAGCCAUCGACGUCCCGCAUCAACGUCACACAGUUCGUCCUCCCAUGCCUCCAACGCGGAACACACGCGACUCAGCUAUGGCGGCACUCACUCGCAGCCCAGCCACAGCGUCUCCCGACCUGCAGCAGCACCACCAUCAUCACCAAUAGGUUGGAAUGUGCCGCCCAAGUCUCAGGGACCACCGCCAGCCUACUCGGCAUCUAAUCCGAUUGGUGGAGCGCACACAAACGUGCAUGAGAAGCCACCAGCCUACAAUCCAUCGUACAAGGCCAAUGCACCGCCUCCCAACUACUCGGCGGCCAACAGCAACGUACGACCAGCUGCGGGUGGUGCUUCCAGCAAUUCUCACUAUACGCCAGCCACCGUUUAUAGGCCACGCAUGAAUGCUACUGGUGGUGGUGGUGGCUUCCAUCACACUCCAAUCUCGGCGACCAAUACACAUGGUGUACAGUCCAGUUAUCCGGGUGCCACCUAUCACAAUCCCGGCCAGCUGCCCGCUGGUGCCACCUAUCAUCCGGCUGGUCAAGUGCCCGCUGGCGCAACCUAUCAUAGUGCUGGUCAUUUGCCUGCUGGCGCUACCUAUCACAGUGCUCCACCAGCUGGCGCCACUUAUCACAGUCCGGGUGCUCUGCCAGCAGGUGCCACUUAUCACAGUCCAGGUGCUCUACCAGCAGGUGCCACCUAUCACAGUGCUCCACCAGCUGGCGCCACUUAUCACAGUCCGGGUGCUCUGCCAGCUGGCGCCACAUAUCAUCCUGGAGGCUAUUCACCGGGCGGCGCUGGCUAUCAUCCAGUCGCUCACUAUCCAACUCAGGGAGUACCCCACGGUGCCACCUACUAUCCUCAGGCUCCGGUUGCCGCAAUGCCAGCAGGUGCAACCUAUCUGCCAGCUGGUGCUGCAAUUCCAGCUGGUGCCACCUAUUAUCCACAAGCACCCAAGUCAUCAUCAGGUUUAGGAUUAGGAACUGGUCUGAUUGCUGGCGCUUUGGGUGGUGCCAUUUUGGGUCACGCACUGACACCCACUCAGACGCGUGUCGUAGAGCACGCACCGGUCUCCAGUGGAGGCGGUGGUGGUGGAGGUGAAGAUAAGAUUAUCAUCAUUAACAAUGGACCACCCGGAUCUGUGACAACGUCUGAAGUGGGAUCAGGCACAACGGUGAUCAACACUCAACAGCCAGGAGCUCCCGCUGCACCAGCAGCAGCUUAUCCAGCAGCAGCUUAUCCAGCUCAAGCACCUGCUCCUGCUCCUGCUCCACUGCCUGCAGCGCCCGGUGCACCUGAUCCACUUGUAGGGCAAACACCACUAGCUCCACUUGCAUCUGGUGCUGCACUUGCAUCUGCAGCAGCAGGUGCUGCAAGUGCCGCAUCACCAGCUGCAGCUGCACCGCCUGCAGCACCUGGAGCACCUGGAGCACCUGAUCCGAAUGCACCACCUGCUGGCGGCAUAAUUUGUGUGCCUGUGCGAGUGAACGAACCAGAUCCGAACGAUGCUACCAAGACAAUCGAAGUGGAGAAGAUUGCUUGCUAUCCGGCACCACCACCAGAAACUGCAGCACCACCAGCAAAUGGAACAGUUGCUGCUGGUGUGGCACCCACACCUGUUGCACCUGCUGCAUCUGCUGCAACUCCGUUGAAUGUGACGCCAACGCCGGAUGGAGCUGCGCCCCUCGCACCCUUCCAGCCGACGCCGCUAAGUGUUCCCGAAGGAUCUGUGCCUUUGGCUCCCCUGUUGCCAGGCGGACAACCUGACGUGAUGCGGAUGCCAGGUUUGACGUCGGCGCGUCUAUCGGCAGAGUCCGGAUUGCAUGAUGCCCACAAUGGCAUCAAGUCCACAUCUCAAUUGAGCACAUUCUCUGUCCUACUCGCUCUCCUGGCAGCCUACUGUAUGCACUAAAAGAAGAAAAGAACAGAAGCAAACAAAAUUAACUUGGGGGAAUUCCCCUCAGUGACACGAAAUGACGUUGCCGAGUCUCGUUUGACAAGCUAUGAAUUUCUUUCUUUAUUUUGUAAACUAAACGAAUUUUUAUAAACGUGUGUACUCAUAGUUUUGUUAGUUUUAUAAUUAAAAUAAAUCCAUAUUAAUAUUUAA